CGCUGCGGCGCGUGCUCAGUGCGUCUCCGCCGCUGCUCGCAUCCUGGACCAGGAGCUUUCUCUGUCUGUCUGUAUGUCUUUUACAUACACUCUGUGAGUGUGUGUGUGUGUGUGUGUGUGUGUGUGUGUGUGUGUGUGAGAGAGUGAGUGUGUGUGCGCUGUCUGAUGGUAACCUAUGGAUUGACGGAGGAGGCUAUUGUUGUCAGCCCGGUGGUUUGUUCUGCUGGAGCUGCACUUUCACCGGAGAAUGCCCAGAGAAUCCGGAGCCGUGUUUCUUAACCUACUGCACGGAUAGCGCAGAAAUACACCCGAGAAAUACGAUAUUGACAUGAAGAAAGACAUUGAGACUCUUAUAGCAGAGGAACGCGCUGAUAUCAUCUUGAAAUAUGCUACGGGAAGGCAGGGCGGAGUGCAGAUCGACCCCUGGGAAGAUGCUGACUACAGUAUCUACAAAGUCAUCGACCGCUUCGGCUUCAUGCAUGACGACGAGCUGCCGGCCGUGACUGCACAUGAGGAAAAGAGGAAGCAGCUGGAGAUCGAGCGCGCGGAGAAGUGGCUGAAGAUGGUGAAGAAGUGGGACAAAUACAAGAGCAGUGACAGGAUGGUGAAGCGCGUGUACAAAGGCAUUCCCCUGCAGCUGCGCGGCCGGGCCUGGGCCCUGAUGCUGGACGUGGAGCGGGCCAAGAAGGACAACCAGGGCAAAUACGAGAGAAUGAAGGAGCAGGCCCAGCGGUACUCGUCCGAGAUCAAACAGAUCGACCUGGACAUCAACCGGACCUUUCGGAACCACAUCAUGUUCACGGACCGCUUCGGAGUCAAGCAGCAGGCUCUUUUCCAUGUCCUCUCUGCAUAUUCAGUCUACAACACAGAGGUGAGCUACUGCCAGGGCAUGAGUCAGAUUGCUGCCCUGCUGCUGAUGUACAUGAACGAGGAGGACGCGUUCUGGGCACUGUCGCAGCUGCUGACCAAUCAGAAACACGGCAUGCACGGGUUUUUUGUUCCCGGGUUCCCCAAACUUCAGCGAUUCCAGGCACAUCACGAUCAGAUCAUUUCCAAACUGGUCCCCAAGCUGAAGAAACAUCUGGACAGAGAGCAGAUGUCUGUGGGGAUUUACAGCACUAAAUGGUUCCUGCAGUGUUUCAUUGACAGGACGCCGUUCACACUGACCCUUCGGCUGUGGGACAUCUUCAUCCUGGAGGGAGAGAGGCUCCUCACGGCCAUGUCCUACACCAUCCUCAAGAUACACAAGAAGCGUCUGCUGAAGAUGUCUCUGGAGGAUCUCCGAGAGUUCCUGCAGGAGAGGAUCUCUCAGACCUUCUUCCACAGUGACGACGUGAUCAUCGAGCAGCUUCAGGCCUCCAUGACCGAACUGAGGAAGAUGAAGCUGGACCUUCCCCCCCCAGGCAAGCCUGAUGAGUUGCCCCGUAAGCCUCUGGGCCAGGAGCCGCCGGUGCUGCUGAGUCCGGUGCAGCCCUGCAGAGGGAAGCCGUCCUCCGCCAGAGCUGGGGGGGGCCUGAGCCUCCACAUCAUCUCCCACCAGCCAGACUCCAUCUCCCCAGACCAGAGCCCCUCCAAAGACCCCAGGGAUCUGGACAGUGUGGACCAGGAGGAGGACGACCAGGAUGCCCCGCUGCCUUCCCCAGACCCCAUCAUCAUCCACAGCCGGGCGCCGCUCACUCCCGAUGGCUCGCCGCUGACGGGGCCCCCACCUUACCGGCCCCCGGGGGGCGAAGAAGUAGACGAUAAAAUGAGACGGCAGAUUUCAGACGCCUCUACAGAGGACUCGUCUGUCGCCAACCCUGACCGAUCCUCCAGCACGCUCCCACGGAUGCUUUCGGCGCCCGUGGUCCAGGCGGCCUCGCCGGCUCUGGGCCCGUCCCAGUCUGAGAGUCUGUCUGCAGCAGAGAGGGCUGAGGACAGUUACCUGGCCCAGCUGCUGGAGCACGCCUCGGCUCUGCCCGCCAACAGGAAGCCCAAACAGAACCAGGACUCGAGCGAGGCGUCAGAGGAAACGCAGGCUUCGGACAUUUCAUGAAAUGAGCACCGAUUUACGGUAGAGCCUAGACCGCACCCGAUGAACGCGUCGAGGUCAACACAGAGCAUACUGCGCAGUAGGGCUGCUCCCUCUUAGUCCAUUAGUCGACUAAUCGGUCGUUUUGGUCUUAGUCAACUUAGAUCUCUU